ACCAAUUGGGGUAGCCUUUGAGGUUAGAUGGGCCUAGAAGACAAUGGGCCGUUGUCCUUCCAUUGCUGAGAAGAUGGGGUUUUCGCUGCUCUGUGAAACCAGCCUCACGCAAUACCCACCAUUUUAGGGGACAAGACUCCCAUUCCUUCGAACAAGAACCUUGGCCCAACUCCCAGCUUGGAUAGGGCGGCCCAAUAAUAGCUCCGAAGACCCGGCCCCGAGGGCAAGCCCAAAGUUCCAACACCCCAUAGCCCCCACUCGGGUCACAAGCUCGCGUUACUGAGCUCGGCGUUCGAAGUUAUUUACUAGUCGUUUAUUAAGCACAGACAAUUGCUCUGCCAAAACGAUUAUUAAUCCAUAAUUAAGUAAUUAACAAGAAGAAAAAGAUGUUUGGGUUCAGCAUAAGAACAAAACAGAAUGCUUCUCCAAGAACAGCAACAGACUCUCCAAAGGUCCCCACUGCAAAUGGCUCCCCAGCCUCUGUUGGCUUCUCCCCCAAACAAGUUGAGGUUGGGGAAAUUGACACAAGUGCCCCUUUCCAAUCCGUCAAAGCCGCUGUCAAUUUGUUUCGCGAUGUCGGCGCCUCCCCCGUGUCGCACCCAACCACCAUCAAGAAACCCGCUAAAACCCCCGAAGAGCAGAGAGUUUUGGUGAAGGAGACUCAGCUUCACUUGAUAAUGAAAGAAUUGGAUGGCUUGAAAGUGCAGCUGAAGAGCACAGAGGCCACGAAAGCGCAAGCGCUGCGGGACCUACAGAAGGCGAAGAGAACGCUCCACGACCUCACCGGGAAGCUAGAGACCGUGUGCGAGUCAAAGCAAGCCGCCAUCGAGUCAACAGAAGCUUCAAAAGCCAGAGCCAAAGACCUCGAGGCGCGAAAAUCUAGCCACCCGGUCGUGGGCCCGGAAGACGCUUGGAGAGAGCAGUACAAGGCCUCAGCUGGGGAGCUUAACUGCGCGAAACAAGAGCUCGCGAAUCUGAGGCAAGACUUCGACGCGGUUCUUGAAGCCAAGCUUGCUGCUUUCCAAGAAGCUGCUGAUGCUCAUCACCUAACCCUGGUUAACCGGGAGAGGGCGAACCAGUUCGCGAAAGAGGUUUCGACUCUGCACCAGACGUUAACUCAGGUUAAACUCGCCCCCAUACAGGCUCAGGAAGAGAAUGCCAAGCUAAACGCCGAGAGAGAAUCCCACCUACAGAGUCUGAAAGUAGCAAAGGAAGAAGCAGACAGGAAACUGAGUUCCCUGAGGGAAGAAUCCGACCCUGAGGCGACCAGAGCCAUUGCAGAGAAGCUCGAAGAAACGAACGCGACGAUCGAGGUUUUGCGUGAACAGUUAAACACUGUGAAGGUUUCAGACAUGGCAGCCUGGAGAGACGCGGUUUCAGAACGGGACAAUGCAGAGAGGGCUCUGCAGGAGGUUCUCUCAGAAGAAGAGUCUUUGAAGAGACGGGUCGAUUCCCUGAGGGUAGAAAUGGAAAACACGAACAGAAUCCAAGUCGAGUUGAGAAGCAAGGCGGAGGAGACGGAUUCGUUGGCUAAGAGGUUGCAGGUUGAGCUUGAGAAAAGCAAGGAGGAGCUACAAGAAACCAUGGAAAGAAUCACAAAACCAGAGGAAGAAAUGAACUCAAAAAUCCAAGAACUGACCUUGGAGGCCGACCGGGCAAAGAGAGAAGCCGAGGAGAUGAAAAACAGCACAGAAAUAUUCAAGCAAGAGGCCGAAACUGCCCGAGUUGAAACUCGGGCAGCAGAGGCUCACCUGGAGAUUGCUCUAAGAGAGGCCGAAGAAGCGAAAGCUGCACAAAGAGUCGCAGACUAUAAAAUCCACAGCGCGUCAAAAAAGUUCGCCUCUGAUGAAGACGAAGAAAAACAAGAAAAGGAAGAAGAAGUUGUUGGUUCAGAGCCAAACGGUGGGAUAAAGUUGUCAACUGAGGAGUACGAAUCGCUGUGCAACAAAGUCGAAGUGUUGAAAGCCGAGGCCGAUGUAAAGGUGGCAACCGUAAUGGCUCAAGUGGAGACGAUCAAUGGGAGCGAAAGGGAGCUGCUGAAGAAAGUGGAAGAAAGAAUGAGGGAGACAGAGGAGUUGGAAGCUGCAAUAGAAGAUGCUGCAAAGAGGGCAGAAGUAGAUGAGGCUGCAAAAAAAGUCGUGGAAGGCGAGCUGCUGAGGUGGCGCCUUGAGGAGGGGGAAUCCUCUCGUGGCAAAGAAGAUUCCGAUUGACGAACUUGAGGAAAAAAUUGGAAAUCUAAUGCAGUAGAUGUAUACAUGUUUGUAACUUUGUAUGAAUGCCAGCAUUUCUGCUGUAGAACAUGAAAAGUAGUACAUGGAGGUGUUGUUUGGUAAGUUUUUGUUCACUUCUUUUGAAGUUAGUUCUUUGCAUAAAGAGUAUUACAAUAU